UUUACCGUUGCCUGUGGUUGCCCAUCGCCAAAGACGAAACGUGCAUUGAGUUUAGCUUGCUUGCAAAGUUUGGAACCCAUAAAAGUUGUCGACACGCUGAACAGCGUGGGCGAGUUUGUAGAAAACAGAAGGAUGGAAAAACUGAAAACUUUAUUUCCAGGUGAUCCUGACAUCUUAAGUUGGGCCAAGUCCAGUUGGAUCUACUUUGAUGUUCCGUUGAAAGCUGUAAUUGACGGCCAUGUGAUCCCGAAGCACCCUGAAGAAUUGCUUACCACUGCUUUCCAGGAACAACUACGCACCAAACGUGAAGUAUUACUGGGUUUCAAUAAGAAUGAAGCCAUGUAUUUUUUGUUAUACGGGUUGGACCUGAAGCAAGGCGGAUUUCUGAACAAAGACGGGACAGUUAACCUCCCAGAAGCCAUAAAAAAGGCUGCCGCUGGAGUUCUGAUAGAAGGUAAGAAGGCUGACUUCACCAAAAUAACGGCGGCACAGUUCUUGAGUGAAAACAUACUAGUAGAAAGUGUUUUUCGAUUGCCGGCAGAGUACUACAGGCUUCCGAAGGUUACUUCCGAAACUGCAGAAAUCUCAAUGACACCAGAGGAACUCAUGCGUCGCUUAGACCAACUUUGUGGUGAACUAGACUUUACAUGUCCCACACUAAAAUUUGCCAAGCGCGUGGCAUCACUUCCAAAUUCUAAAGUGUUCUUGUACGAAUUACAACGAAGAACUGCCAAUUUUUCUUUCCCAAAAUGGGUUGGUGUCAUGCAUGGCUACGAAAUCGAAUAUGUGUUUGGAAUGCCAUACUCAGAGAAGUUUCAAACGGCCUUCUAUCGCUUCAACAAUCAAGAGAAAAACUGA